AUGGUUCUUACCACAGCGUCGGUUUUUCCUUCCAAGGGUGGGCAUCAGUUCAUGCCUUGGCCUUCCCGGCGCAGUGUGGUUCAUAGCACCAAGGGGAUUGUUGCUUGCUCUCAGCCUUUGGCGGCGAGGUGCGGGUUGGAGAUUUUGAGAAAGGGGGGGAAUGCUGCUGAUGCUGCUGUGGCGGUCGCUGCGGGGAUUAACAUGACCGAGCCAUGCCAGACGGGCAUUGGAGGGGAUAUGUUUUGUCUGUUUUAUGACGCCAAAACGAAAAAGGUGUCGGCGCUGAACGGCUCGGGGAGGGCAGGCGGGAAAUGCACGCUUGAGACAAUCAGAGGGAGUUUGGGGUUGGGUGGAGCGGAUGAGGAGGGGAAGAUUCCGAUGAGUAGUGUCCAUGCUGUUACUGUGCCUGGGGCGGCGGCGGGGUGGGUUGAUACUGUUGAGAGGUUUGGGAGUGGAAAGCUGAGUUUGGAGGAGAUUUUGGGACCGGCGAUACAGCUGGGGGAGGAGGGGUUCCCGGUUCAUGAGCAGACGGCUACCAUUGUGAAGCAAUCGCUUCGAGAUGCCUCUCCCAACUUUAGGGAGAUGUUAAAGGCUGAUCCAAACGCCCCUGAUGGUGUCAGAGCUCCCAAAGCAGGGGACAUCAUCAAGCUUCCCAACCUGGCCAAAACAUUCCGUGCCCUCGCCGCAGAAGGCAAAAAGGGGUUCUAUACCGGCCGUAUUGCAGAAGAAAUCGUCAAAGUCACCACCUCCCUCGGUGGCCACCUCACCCUGGAAGACCUGGAGCACCAUCUAACCACCGGCUCCGAGCCCGUCGAGCCCAUCUCACUCAAGUUCACCGGCCAAGGCGCCGGCAAGGCAGAAAACGCCGGUGUAGAAGUAUGGGAACACCCCCCCAACGGCCAAGGCAUCGUCGCCCUCAUGGCCUUGGGAAUUCUCCAACAACUCGAACUCUCGGGUAAGAUCCCAACCUGGGCAGAAAAAGACCACAACACCGCCCCCUACCUCCACGCCAUCAUUGAAUCUCUCCGCAUCGCCUUCUCCGACGCAAACUGGUUCCUUGCCGACCCCAACGUCAGCGACGUCCCCACCGCUGGUCUGUUGUCUCCAGAGUACCUCUCCGAAAGAGCCAAAUUAUUCUCGCCCACCAAGUCCACACCCGAGCUCAUCCCCCAUGGCUCUCCCGCCCUCCGAUCCUCAGACACGGUUUACUUUGCCGUCUCCGACAGCGAAGGCAACGCAAUCUCCUUUAUCAACUCCAACUACGGCGGUUUCGGCACGGGCAUCAUCCCCGCCGGGUGUGGUUUCACCCUCCAAAACCGGGGCGCGAACUUUUCUCUCGAUCCCAAGCAUCCUAACGUUCUUGCUCCGAGGAAGAGGCCGUAUCAUACCAUUAUUCCCGGUUUGGUGACCAACAUCAACGAUGGGAGCUUGCACAGUGUUUUUGGAGUCAUGGGCGGGUUCAUGCAGCCGCAGGGACAUGUCCAGACGCUGCUGGGGCAGAUCGUUGGGGGACUGAACCCCCAGCAGGCGUUGGAUGCGCCGAGGGUUUGUAUCGGGGCGGGGAUGCCCGAGAAUGGAAAGGUAUAUGAUAUGCGGGUGUAUGUCGAGGAGGGGAUGCCCGAGGAGACGAUCAGGGGCUUGGAGGAGCUGGGACAUCAGGUUACCGUUGUCAGGGCGACGCCGGGGGACAAGUGGCAGUCUAGGUCGCUGUUUGGGCGUGGGCAGAUUAUUCGGUGGACGGUGGAUAGUGUAGAGGAGAACAGGGGAGUUUGGUCGGCGGGUAGUGACAUGAGGGGUGAUGGGGGUGCUUAUCCUGCUUAG